CCCCCAGCCAUACAGGCAUCGCACUUCUUGUUCCUUGACCUCAUCGUCCAACCAUCCAGGCACCGCACUUCCCUUCUCACUCUUGUUUUCUCUUGACCCCAUCCAUCUUGACCAUUGAAAGCAUACACGACCCACUUCAUCUCUUCGCGUACAUACUCUUAGCCCUACAAAACUGCAGACCAUCUUAUCAAAUCCAUCGCAUCUCACUCCGCCGACCUUAACUCGAAUAGAAUUUUGUUCUUUAUCGACAUAUUGUAACGUACAUGCAGCUAUCGUCCCCGACUCUAGUCUGACCAUCCCACAUCCUCUCUGCCUACUUGAGAACCACCAUCAAACAGUAAAGAAGAAGGAAACGGCACACGUACCCACACUACAUAAUAAAAAAGAAUGCCGCUGCUCAUAUACGCCGUACCCCUGUCCACAGACCACCUGGGCAUCCAUUACUGGAAAGCACCUCGGUUGGAAGACCUGCCCGAGGAACUCGAGUACCUUCCAUACCAAGAAUUCGAAGACCGAUUUCUCCAGCUCAACAAGAUCGCGCGCCCAGCGUAUCCGACCCAAUGGCCCAAUAUCGCCACUCUGUGCCUUCUCGCCGGAGUGAUCGUAGCCGCUGUCACUGGUAUAAUGCACAAAGGGACAAAUUUGGCUGUCAUGGGUCAAGGCGCCUGCUUUCUUCUACCUGUUAUCAUUGUCAUUUGGGUCAAAGUACGCACCGAGACCAACGCCCGGUCCAGAAGAAGGUUCAAGCACCGGUCUCAGAAGCUACUCAGGGCAUGGACGACGCAGGAUGCGGAGACACAUGCCAUCCAGUGGAAACUACGUCGACGGUCUAAAAGUGUGGCAAGACCAUGGCUUCGAGGCGGCAGCAGCAGCAACAGGCAUCGGACACGGAACGGUAUUUAUAAUACAGAGGCCAACGCCGCUCAAACGUUGCCACCAUUCGCCCAACUUCAAACACACGGUUCCAACAGCAGGCCAGCAGCAGCGCAUGAACACGAACGGCAGCACGCGGAGCAGGAUGCGGGCGGUAGUGGCGAUGCUCGAAGCGGUAGAGUCGACCUAGAUAUUGAAGAUAAUGUACUAGGAUCGAUAACAGCCAUCGAAUCUCCCUCCCCCACUGCCAAUGUUCAUAGUACCCUUCGUAUUAACACCCGACUCCGUAGAGUUCCUACAAGCAGCACCGUAUUAUAUCCAACAUCGCCCAUCAGCACCGCUAGCGACACUGUAGGUCUUACGGUCAACGAACUCAUCGAAAGCAACAGCAUGAACACCUACAACAACGCAGCUAUACCCACCCCUCCGCCCACAAGACCCUCAUCUCCAUCUCUUGUUCCCCUGACGUUCGAAUCUUCCUCCUCAAGAGAGCCCAGAGCUUCCAUCUGGACGACGAUCGCUCACUCAUUCCAAUCAUCAUUCUGCUGUGCACAUUUUUUCAGAGAUCGCAAGGUAUGGCUGAUUGAGAUCUCGCUUCGAGAUUGUCAACUGGACGAGUAUGCCUUGAUGGUCCCUAGCCCUGUGUACUGUGAUUACCGCCUUCCGGGAUACGAGGAUGCGAUGAGGAUGAUGACAGAUUCGGAGACAAGAGCAAGGGCUGCGCUGGCAAGGACGAGUUCUAGUCGAGUGGAUUUGCAUCGAUACAUGGGUGAACCUCCAGCGUACGAGAGCGAGUCUGACGACGACGACGAUGGAGACGAGGAAGACGAGGGAGACGAUCGAAGGAUGGAUGCGGACGAUGAUCCAGAGGAGCGCACAGAAGAGCUGGGUCCCGCCGAAGUUGUAAUCGUGGGAAGCAGCUCCAAUGAUGGAGGAGAGGAUGCUGGUGGUGGUGGGAGUCGUGUUCCUGAGAAUGAGAGGGAGAUGACGAUGGUACAGAGAACUGAAGAACUGAGCGCGAUCGUGGUUCUUGGAUCGAUUAGGCCGUCGACUUCGAGUGAUCUGCAUGGCUCUGAAGAGGACAACGAGGAGGAGGAAGAGGCGGUGGUGGAAGAGGCCAUGUCCUCGACGUCAACGUCUUUGCGCCUUUCGCGCAAGGAGCUGAUAGGCUGUAAACCGUGUAAAUAGUGGAAAUAGUGGUUACCAAGAAUGUAUUUUUUUUUGAUACCAGG